AUGUACUGCAACAACUUCAAUGGUGCUGUUUUUCCAGGAUGUUACUGGGGCAGCUACGGCUACCCCCUGGGAUAUAGCGUUGGCUGUGGCUUUGGCAGCACCUACUCCCCAGUGGGCUAUGGCUUUGGCUAUGGCUAUGGUGGCUGUGGGCCUUACAGAAGAUACUGGCCAUAUGCCCUCUACUGA